GUGGAGCUGGCCCCCAUGCCUGUAGGCCGAGGGGAGCCGUGGGGCCAGGCCCCAUGUCCGCGGGCCCAGGGGAGCUGUGGGGCCAGGCCUAGGGGAGCCCUUGGGGCCCGGGCUUUGUGGGAGCCAUGGGGCCAGGCCCAGGGGAACCUUGAUGUCCAGGCUUUGGGGGAGCCAUAAGGCCAGGCCUCAUGUCCCCAGGCCAGGGGAACCUUGGGGCCCAGGCUUUAAGGGAGCCGUGGGGCCAGGCCUCAUGUUCUCAGGCCUAGGGGAACCUUGAGGCCCAGGCUUUGAGGGACCCGUGGGGACAGGCCCAGGGGAGCCGUGGGGCCGCUCAGCGCCAUGGCGAGCAUUGCAAGGCCUCGGCGUGAGUGGGCGGCUGAGCUUGUGAUCCCUACGCAGCGCCGGGGCUUUGUCCCACCCACCUCAUCUCUCACGGUCCCGUGGGGCGGCCAAUCUGGGGCAGACAGGGCCAUCCCCCGCCCUAGGAGGGACAUAAAUAUCUAUUUCUGGAGGCAGAUGCAAAUCACCAGGCAAAUGAGCGCAGCCAGGCUCCUGCCAGUCACCUGCUCGAGCCCCGUGGGCUGAGGGCAGCGCCGAGGGCAGGGCCGUGCUAGUCCCGCUCCCCAGCCCAGGCUGGAUUGUGGGGCUGUUGCCCACGGGUCCCCCCAACCCUCCUGGAGCAGGCAUCGCCGUCCCGUCGCGGAGAUGCUGGAUCUGCCCUUCCUACCCUUCUGCGCCUUCCUGGGCGGCCUGGGCUUCGUCUGCGUGGCCUUCGUGAGCGCCUGGUGCCAGCAUUGGCGCGGUGGCUUUGCCUGGGAUGGCAGCGCCCAGAUGUUUAACUGGCACCCGGUGCUGAUGGUGACGGGCAUGGUGGUGCUGUACGGCGCAGCGGCCCUGGUGUAUCGCCUGCCCCCCGCCUGGAGAGGCCCCAAGUUCCCCUGGAAGGUGCUGCACGGCGCCCUGGCCCUGGCAGCCUUCGUCCUGGCCGUGCUGGGGCUGGUGGCCGUCUUUCGCUUCCACAACGACAACGGGACGCCCAACAUGUAUUCGCUGCACAGCUGGCUGGGGCUGGCCACCGUGCUGCUCUUCUCCUGCCAGUGGGUGGCCGGCUUCAGCGCCUUCCUGCUGCCCUGGGCUCCUACCUGGCUCCGUGCCCUCUACAAGCCCAUCCACGUCUUCUUCGGCUCCAUCAUCCUCCUGCUGUCCGUAGCUUCGUGCGUGUCAGGCAUCAAUGAGAAGCUCUUCUUCAGCCUGAAGAAUGGGACGACGGCGUACAAGCUCCUGCCUCCUGAGGCUGUUUUUGCCAACACUCUGGGUCUCCUCAUCCUCCUCUUUGGGGUGCUGGUCCUGGGCGCCCUGUCCAGGCCGAGCUGGAAGCGCCCUGACGCCGACUCCCCGGACUCUUGCCAGCCCUUGCUCACCGCCGAGCGCUGACGCCUGUCGAGGCCUCUCCCUGCCCUCCCGGGACUGCCAGCCCCGAGCUCUUCAUCCCCGUCGCUCCCCUGCCUGCUCUGCCAGCCCUGCCUUUGGCCUGUCACCUUGCCCUCACCGGGGACUCCAUCUGCCUGUAUCCGACGCGCAUCUGCCUGCGGGAGGCACGGGCACAGCAUCCUUAACGGCAGAGACGUGCUGCGGCGAGGACGUCUCUUUGCCUCUUUCGUGGCCUGGCGUUGGCUUCUUGCCUGCCGUAGGAUGGGGGCAGCCGCAGCGUGAUGCUCCCGCCUGCGUCCUCGGGUCUCUGCUUGCCAGUUCCUGCCAGGUCCAGCUGGCCCCUUGCGCCUGGACCUCGCUCCGUGCCAAACUGGCUGCCCUCGAGCCCUCCCCGGACCACGCAGCGCCAUCGCUCAAUGCAGCGGCCGGAGCCGUCAGAGCCUCGUCGGACCAGAAGCCACCGGAGGAGCACCCCUGUGCCUGGCAGCGCUGCUGCCCCCCGACUGUCUCCUGUGCGAGGGUGCCCAGCUCAGGGCAGUGGGGACAGAGGGGACCCUCGCACCGUGCCUUGCCCUUCAUCGGGCUGUUUGUGCCUCUCCCUUCGCCCCGCGGGUGCGGGGACCAGCUGAGCAGCCUCCCAGGGCUCUUGUGGACACGUAAUAAACCGCUGGCUUCUGCAGCGCUCCUGCGCCCACGUCCUUGGGGACAAGGGGGGUACCAGGGGCUGGGGCAGGAGUGGUGGGUGCCUGGGGAGCAGGUCUCGGUGCUGGCUGAGCCCAGCCAUGCUCUCUGGGGGCUGUGUCCCCUCUGAAGACCUGGGUUGUCCUGGUAGCUUGAACCCCCCUCGGUAGCCUGGGCUCACGCUGGCCGGUUCCCCUGCUCACCCCAGGCCCUUGCUCCAGCUUGGGGCCACCCUGUGCUGGGGGGCAGGCUCUUCCCCGUCCCCCAGUUCUUCUUUGUCCCCUUCUCAGAGCCUCUUCCAGGCCCCGUGCCUGGGGCCAUGUGAGCCCAGUGGUUUCCCCUCCCAGCACCCGGUGGGGAGGACUCGUGGCCAGCCC